AUGGACGCCCUGCUGGCUCCGUUCUUCACUGUACUGGAGAAGUCGACUGAUAGGGUGAUGGUGAGUAAGGUGAAGGCAGGCGUGUUUGAGAGGUUACUGGAGAGUGGCAGUCAGUUGCUUGAGACGGUGAAGAAAGGGGACGAGAUGGAGAAGGGUAGUGCUGAGGAGAAGCUCGGGAAAAUUGGAUUGCUGUUUGGAUUCAGCAAGAGGUUCCUGGAUAUUGGUGCAAAGGCAGAGACGGUGCAAUCGAACCGGAAGGUGGUCUUUGGGUUGAGGGAUGCAUUUGUGAAGAUCGAGAAGGGUUUGCAGCUAUCUGGUCUUGAGAUCACUGUGCCUAAGUUUGAGGCUACUGAGGUGCCAGUGCCGCCAAAUGCAGGCGAGGAAAAGGCACAAAAGAAGAAGAAAAAGGCCAAGAAGGCUGCAUUGGCUGAAGGUGAGAUGGAGGAGGCCAAGGAUUUGAAGCGUGAGAAGAAGGGCAAGAAGGACAAGAAGGAGAAGAAAGAGAAGAAGAAAAGAGGAAGUACCGGUGCUCCUGUAGAUGACCAACAGAUGGGUGAUGGUACUGAUGGCAUUACAUUUGAUGAGACAUUAAAGUCCAAUCUUCAGAAGCAGUUUGAGAUGGCUGCAGCAGAAGCUGGUAUGCCCAAAGGGGGCAGCAGCUCAGGCGCUUCACCAGUGACACCAGCUAGUGGGAAAGUGGCAAGAAAGAGGAAGCGUUCAAAAUCUGCUGAUAAGCUGUCUGAAGCUUCUUAUGGGGAUGAUGGCAGCAAAGUGUUUGAGGCUGCCACCUUCGGCUACUCCAAGGGGAAGCGCACUAAAAAGGGCGCCCAGCCAGGGCCCAUAGCACCGACGCCCAUUGAAGAAGGCUAA